CAAUCUGGUUGCAAGCGCUUCCCUUUCAACAAUUUCACGUGCUUUUUGACCCCCCUUCCGGAGUGCUUUUCAUCUUUCGAUCACUCUACUUGUGCGCUAUCGGUCUCUGGCCGGUAUUUAGCUUUAGAAGAAAUUUACCUCCUACUUUGAGCUGCAUUCCCAAACAACUCGACUCGACGAAGAGUACCACAUCGAGAGUACACUCGGCCACAUACGGGAUUCUCACCCUCUAUGACGACCUGUUCCAAGGAACAUAGACCAAGGUAAACUCGGGAACAUCUUCUACAAAUUACAACUCGAACACCAGAGGUGCUAGAUUUCAAAAUUGAGCUAUUGCCGCUUCACUCGCCGUUACUGAGGCAAUCCCUGUUGGUUUCUUUUCCUCCGCUUAUUGAUAUGCUUAAGUUCAGCGGGUAUCCCCAUCUGAUUCGAGGUCAAAAUAUUG